AUGGCCGAAGUUAUGAGCUUUUCUUUUGAGAACGAGGGAAACGGUCAAUUUGGGGAUGAUGGGGGACUGCACAACGAAGAAGAGGAGAGCUUCCAUUUGAACGAUAGCGAGGCCGAGUCCAUGAUCGAUGGCGGUGCAGACGACGACACCUUCUCGGGCCUUGGCGAUCCCAACUUCGACUUCAACUCUUCACCACCUCCAUACCCCUCGAGCAUCCUCUCCGAGAACCUCUUCGGCACCGAGUCUGCCUACGCGCCGUUUGCUGCCGACUCGUCUGGACAAGCCAUCAGGAGCGAUCAUCAUGCCUUUGCUCCAUUGACGCUGCCGCCCAAUCCCAACGUUGAGGCAGACAGCUGGCAGAGGCGCCUCGAUUCGCAAGUCGAUGUCUACAAAGCGCAGACACGUGAUUUCCAUCGGCUGGUGGCGACUCAGAAGCUGCUCACUGGGGUAGAUCCCCUAACUGGGCAGGCCGUUGACACGCGAGCCGCAGUCAAGUCCGAAGGCGUUCCUGCGCCUCGGCCAGCCAUCGCAGUGCCAGGGAUGAAGCCAGAGCUGCUCGCAGUCUUCCUCCAGUUUCUCAAAGACUACCCCAAGCCAACGAAGAAGGACUUGAAGCAGUUGCUUCCACAAGUGAACAUGGGCGAAAAAGAGAAAGGCCAAACAGGACCACGAAAAGAGGUCCAAGCCGCAAGAGACCACAAAGGCAACGGAGUCACCAGAGGUACACGCCUGGAGCGAAAUGCUUUCUCAUGCUGUUGCCAUUACGGGGGAGCGGGGCGUGCGAUGCUUUGA